GAAAUCAUUUCCAGCAAAAAUGCAUUCAUUUGUUUUUGCGUUAUUUGUCAGCAUUGUCGUAGUUCAAGGAUACGCCCAAUAUCAUCCGUAUUACGAUGGAAGUGCGUACCCAUAUCCGAGCUAUCCAUUGACUGAUAGUCGUACCCCGAAUGUGGCCUAUGACAACCGUCUUUUCUGGUCCUAUUUAACAUCCACCACGACGACGACAACAACAACAACAACAACCUGUACAGUAGUGGCUGCCAACGCCUGUAACAAUGGUCGUCGUCGCAGAAGCUUCCUCCAGGGUGACGAUGAUUCCAUCGAACCAUCUCCAGUCAACAAGGUUGAGGCCACACCGCUUGCGGAAGUAGAUUUCGCAUCGAGAAUCGAACGCAAAGCUGCACCUCAGUUUGCCUAUUGGCGUGGAGGAGUUGACUAUCCUUCAUACCAACCUCUGUCCACCUUCGGUCAGCGCCCGUUCGUUACCGUGUACAAUCCGUACAUCCGCCGUCCGGUCAUUGGGUCCGAUCCGCGUUUCUUGUUGUAUUACGGUUACACGACGACCAGCACAUCCACGACGACCACAACUUCCAGGUCAACACCAAUCUGUUCCCAACCGAGCGGCUUCAAUCCCUGUUAAAUGG